AUGAGUAGUCCAUUAUCACAGUCGUACAGAUCUACUCGUUCGAGCAGCUCGGAGUCGAGAUCAUUCGAGUCAGCGGUUAUUAGAGGAUUAGCCGAAGAUGGUGGAUUGUUUAUUCCAUCACAAAUUCCAAAAGUUCCAGCCAACUUUUUGGAAGAAUGGUCGAAAUUGAGUUUUCAGGAGCUUGCCUUCAAGAUUAUGAGAUUGUAUGUGAGUGAUAAGGAAAUUGACGAUAAAGACUUGACUGAGUUGAUCAAGAAGUCUUAUUCGAAAUUCCGCUCGGAGAAGAUCACUCCACUUGUUAGAAUCGACUCGAAGCCUAAUCUUUACUUGCUUGAGCUUUUCCAUGGUCCUACAUAUGCAUUCAAGGAUGUUGCUUUGCAAUUUUUGGGUAACUUGUUCGAGUACUUUUUGCAGAAGAAGAACAAAGGACUACCAUCCGGUUCUAAGCGUGAUCACAUAACUGUGGUUGGUGCAACUUCUGGAGAUACUGGUGGUGCAGCUAUCUAUGGUCUCCGUAACAAAAAAGAUGUGUCUGUCUUCAUCUUAUAUCCGACAGGUCGUGUUUCGCCUCUUCAGGAACAGCAGAUGACAACGGUUCAGGAUGCUAAUAUUCAUACUCUAUCUGUUAAGGGAACCUUUGAUGACUGCCAGGCUCUUGUCAAGAGUGUGUUCAGCGAUAAAGCAUUUAAUGACAAGUAUCAUGUUGGAGCAGUGAAUUCGAUUAACUGGGCUAGAAUUCUUGCCCAGAUCACUUAUUACUUCCAUGGCUACUUCCAGCUCUAUAGAAGUCUUUCUGAUGCUGAGAGAAAGAACCUCAAAGUGAAAUUUGUUGUUCCAAGUGGAAACUUUGGUGAUAUUCUUGCUGGCUUCUACGCUAAGAACAUGGGUCUUCCAAUCGAGAAUCUAGUUGUCGCUACCAACGAGAAUGACAUUCUUAACAGAUUCCUUCACACGGGUACUUACGAUAAGGCUCCAGUUAGAGCUACAUAUUCUCCAGCCAUGGAUAUUUGCGUUUCUUCCAACUUCGAAAGAUUCCUAUGGUACAUGGUCAGAGCUUCAAGUGCCGACAAGGAUGAUCUUAAAACUGGAAACAAGGUUAAAGAGUUUAUGGACCAGCUUUCCAAGGAUGGUGUGUUUAAGGUUUCACCAGAGACCUUGAAAUUGGCCAAAUCAUUCCUUUCUUCGGGAUCGGUUACAGACGAGGAGACCGUCAAGACCAUAAGAUCGACCUAUUUGGAAACAUCAAACAGAUAUAUUCUGGACCCACACUCGGCUGUUGGUAUUACAGUUGCAGAAAGAACUCUUGCAGCAGAUGGCGAAAAAAGUUCGCCAUACAAGUACGUUUCACUUUCAACAGCUCAUCCAGCCAAGUUUUCUGAUGUUGUGAACAAGGCUCUUGGUGACAUUAAGGGUUACUCCUUUGAGAAAGAUGUUCUUCCUGAAGAAUUGCACAAAUUGGCCUCAUUGCCUAAAAAGAUCAAGCAUAUUGAUGCAGUUUCUUUGAAGGUCGUCGAGGGUGCAAUAGAAGAGGAGCUUUCAAAAGAGAAUUAA